AUGGAGACCUGGAGGAAAGGCUCCUUCCGCAACGCCUCCUUCUUCAAGCGACUGACCCUGGGGCGGCCGAGGCGACUCCAGCGACAGGGCAGUGUGCUCAGCCAGGCCAGCACAGCUGGUGGUGACCAUGAGGAAUACAGCAACCGAGAGGUCAUCCGGGAAUUGCGAGGGAGGCCUGACGGACGGCGCCUGCCCCUAUGGGGGGAUGAGCAGCCCAGGGCCACCCUACUGGCUCCACCCAAGCCCCCACGGCUCUACCGAGAGAGCUGCAGCUGCCCUAACAUCCUGGAGCCCUCUCCUGCCUACUCUGCUGCCUACUCAGCUACUCUGCCCUCAGCGCUCUCCCUGGCAGGUGCCCUCCACCAGUAUUCAGAGGAGGACCUUGUGGACACUCCCCGCUUUCAAGAAACACCUGCCCCGGACCUCAGUGAUCCCUUCUUCUCCUUCAAAGUGGACCUGGGUAUUUCACUUCUUGAGGAAGUUCUACAAAUACUGAGGGAGCAAUUUCCCAGUGAGCCCAGCUUCUGA